AGCCCUUAUUAAAGUCGUUGAUGGUUUUCUGUGCAGAUCGACUUCAUGCUGGAGGCCUGGUUCCACCGUGCGCUCCCGACCGGAGGCGCCAUCGACAUCACCUCUCUCGUCGUGUUCCUCAACGGCACCACCGACGCGCCCCAUUUCCUCAUGGAGCUCAUCCAGGGCGGCCCGUCCUCCCUCGUCGUCCUCCUCGAUCUCUUCCCGCGCAGAGACCUCCCGGUCCACCCGGACUACAUCGACAAGUACUAUGGCGCGACCAGCGUCGACGCUCAUCGCAUCAACAUCGAGAAGAUCCCUCAGGUCCGGCCGUAUGUCUCGCCGUCGCUGCUGGUCCGGAGCCUGUGGUCACCGACGGCGGUCGUCGUCGACAUCCAGUGCGGGGAGCAGGGUAAGGAGGCCGCGCUUGAGGAGAUCGUGCGUGGCCAGCUUGCACACUCCGCCGCCGAGCUUCUUCAUGUGUGGCUCAACAAGUGUGCGGGGAGUGUCGAGGAGAUGGAAGAGACGGAGAAGGAGAUCUUGGUGGCGAGGGACAAGAUGAUCUCAACCACAUCGGUCAAGCUUAACCUGUCUGCCAACCUGCCCAAGAUAUUUGACAAGCAUGUGUCCGAUAGGGUAGUGGCUGAAAUCGACAAGGCCUUUCGUGGGCCAUAAUGUAAUACUGUAACUUCUUAUAUUGGUACCUAGACU